UCUUUGUUUUGUUUGCAUUGAUUAAUUUUUUCGAAGGCUACAAACCCAAUUCGAAUUUGUAAUUUUGAAUUAAUCCUCCUACCGGUUCAUUCCCUAUUUUUUUUUCGAAAUCUACAAAACCCAUGGAAUCUCCCUUUCUAAUUGAAUAAUUUGAAUUUGUAAUUUUGAAUCCAACCCAAGUUUACAAUUGAAUUGAUUAAUUCAUUUGAAUUUGAAUUUUUUUGGAGGCUAAAAAACCCUAGAUCGUAUUGUGGGGAAUCUGCCUUUCAGUUAAUGUAGCAAACGAAUUUGCUUCUUUCAUUCCUUCACUUGAAAUGGGAACAAAAAUCCCUCAACAAGGCUUUUUCUUUUACAAAUCAAGCUGGACAGCUGAGGUAGAUUCACUGCUGCUAUCCUUGAUAAUCAAAACCAAAGAAAUGAACAAGUGGAGCGGUUCCGUGAUCCCCAUACCCAUCCUCGAAGAAGUGGCGGAGGUGCUCACCAAAGAAGUGGGGGUGCCAUUCACAUGGCCACAAUUGUACGAGAGAUUUCAGAACCUUGAAGAGAGACACAUACUUUUCGACAAGGUAGUCAAAACCAACGGUGUGUAUUGGAAUGCUAACACCAACGUGGUCAUGGCACCGGAGCAAGUAUGGAAACCCAUUUUGAAGGAAAAUAAAUUGGCUGCAGCUUAUUACUAUUGUGGGGACCCCGAAUUUCCAAGAUUGAGGUUGCUGUUCGGACCGCAAGAUAUUAAGCAGGAGAGUGCACCACUGAUAUUCAAUAUUUCUGACACUACCGUGCCCGUAGAGGAUCUCAAUCUGAUGUUUAAGCCAUUAGAUGGAGUUGGAAUGGCGCCGACCGUGGAGCUAAGCGUGUCCGUCUCUUCUCCUCCCAUGCCCAAAGUGCCAAAGAUGAAACGCAAUUUGUUUGGAGACGGGUUCACGAAUGUGGGUAGUCAGUCCAAUAACGAGGAUAUGGACCCGCGUAUCGGGAAGAAAUACCCCCCAAAGCCGAAGAAAUUUCCUCCAAGCAAUUUAGGUUCGCCACAUGGAAGUUCAUGUGGCUCUUCGAACACCCACAAGUAUUGACGUUUUAUGUUGUAUUUGUCUUCCUUCUACUCUAUUAAGCUAGGUUGUGUAUGUGAUCUAUCUCGUGUACGUUUUGCUGGAAUAUCUAUGUGGAAAUUCAAUCAAUGAGAUCAAUAUUUGCUGAUUAA